CCUGGUGAGGUCAAUCGGCAAAGGGCAAAACCCCAUGAGAUGUUAUAUCGUACUUAUAUUCUUGGGGAGGCCAAUGCCCGCGCUGCCAACCACCAGAUCGUUCGCGAAUGGCGAACGAUGGUUCGGGAGCGCGCCGACUGGGAGGCUUAUCGCGAGCGUAUGCUGAAGCGAAUUGCGGAAUUUGAGAAGUCGAAAGCUGCGUUCGACGAAGAAAGAGCCAAGUUUGAGGCUGACAAGAAGGCGGAGGAGUGGGGCCGCGAGGGGCUGCAGAAAAAACUCCACAAUGUUGAGGAGCAACUGGCCAAGGAGAAGGCCGAGUUCAAGCGUAUAUGCGCCCAAGACAACGAGCGUACUUAUGCUCUACGACAGAAGAUCGUUGCUCUUGAGGCUAAAGUUGCGGACUUGACCUCAAAGGUGGAGGAAGCGCAGGGUGAAAAAACUGCCAAGCAGCAGAUGGAGGUUGAGCUGACUGAAGCCAAGGUGCAAUUGUCUAACAAGGACAAGGAUCUCCAUGCCAAGGACGUUGAGAUAGCGGAACUCAAACGUCGCUUGAAUGAGCAAAUCGACAGAUGCGAGUCCUUGGAGAUUGACCUUGAGGCUGAGAAGGUCAAGGCUGCUGAUGCUGAGGAGGCGCGUGCUGUGAGCACUGCCGCGCUGAAUGUGGCUCAAACCAACUAUUCUGAGGCUCAAGGUAUCGUCGAUACACUUGUCUCAGAAGCGGAGUGGAUGCGCACUCGUGGAGUAGUGUUGGUAAGUGCCUUGUGCUUUUUUCUUAUGUUGAUUUGAAGAGUUUUUUCUUUAAUGCUUAUCUUUUGUUGAAGGUUGCCAACUCCAUCCUGAAUGCAAACGAGCUA